CGAGGCCGCUCAGCUGUAGGGGGGCGGGGCCUCCGCUAAGCAUGGCGGGCGAGCUUGAGAGCUGCAAGCCCUUGAGCGGGUUGCUGAGCGGCCUGGCCCAAGACGCUUUCUACGGGCACCCGGGCAUCACGGAGGAGCUGCUGCGGAGCCAGCUCUAUCCGGACGUGCCAAUUGAAGAGUUCCGCCCCUUUCAAGCGAAGAUGAGGGGGAUUCUUAAGUCUAUUGCAUCUGCAGACAUGGAUUUCAACCAGCUGGAGGCAUUCUUGACUGCUCAAACCAAAAAGCAAGGUGGGAUCACAUCUGACCAAGCUGCUGUCAUUUCCAAAUUCUGGAAGAGCCAUAAGACAAAAAUCCGAGAGAGCCUCAUGAACCAGAGCCGCUGGGACAGUGGGCUUCGGGGCCUGAGCUGGAGAGUUGAUGGCAAAUCACAGUCAAGGCACUCAGCUGAAAUACAUACCCCUGUUGCCAUAAUGGAGCUGGAAAUAGGGAAAAGUGGACAGGAAUCUGAAUUUCUGUGUUUGGAAUUUGAUGAGAUCAAGGUCAACCAAGUCCUGAAGAAGCUCUCAGAGGUAGAAGAAAGCAUCAGCACACUGAUGCAGCCAGUCUAGCUGAAGAUGGAGUUGUUGAAGCAAAGGGCUACUGUCACAUGAUCCUGGAGAAUUUAGAUAAUGUCUCCUGCUAUAAAAUGGAGGAAAGAAUAUCUCAUCAGAUAAAGAGAUUCCAGAUGUCAUUGGAAGGAAGGACCAUAGCUACCACAUUAGUAUUGACUCACAUAUCCAAUGAAAAUCUGUGGAAGCCCGAAGGAACAGCCCUGGGCCCACAGGGAGAGGAAAUCAUUGUCGUGGUUUGAAGCUCUGUUUAGAUCAUCCUAUGAAAGUAAUAGUCACAAAAGUGGACGUGGGGCUUUUUUACUGUAUCUGAAAACCCUAGGUCAUUGGAAAAACUGUUAGUGUGUACUGGCUUUUUCAGAAUAAUAUAAUAAUAAUAAUAAAAAAGAAACUGGUUGCUGCAGGUGGUCCCCACAUUUAACACUAAACAUUUGAAUGCAAGUGGUUUUGGACAGGCUGUUUGCAUGUUUUAUAUUUCCUGGUGAUUUUUAAUUUCCGAUUACCAAAGGAGUUAUAUGUUUAUUGUAGUCUUUUGUG